GCGCCCGCGGGCGGCGGGGGGAGACGCGCAGCCGCAGGGCCCGACCACUGCGCGGGCGCGCGGGUGUGGCGCUGCCCCUGUACGUGGCUCCCGCGACCCCAGCACGCCGCGGGCGGUUGGAGUCCGGCAUGGCCGGGAGCCCCGCGGCGCUGCUGCUGCUGCCGCUGCCGCUGCCUCUGACGCUCCUGCUGCUGGCGACCCCCGCCAAGGUGUCCCCCGACUACCAGUACUUUGGCGAGCAGGGCGAAGGUGACAUCUGGGAGCAGCAGCGGCAGCAGCAGCUGGAGGAAGACUUGGACUCGAUCCUGAGCCCGUGGGGAAAGUGGCGCUGUGCCUGCGACCUGGGGAAGCAGGAGCGCAGCCGCGAGGUGCUGGGCACGGCCCCGGACCUGGUGUUCAUGGACCGAGAGAACCUGGUGCAGGUGCGGCCUUGCCGGCAACGGGACUGUCCAUCCUGCCCUCCGGAGCAGUGCCACGAGAGGCCCUGAGCCCGGACCCCGCAGGCGGGGCUUCGGAGUCCCCCGGGCGCAGCUUGGAAAGCGGCCCCGCCCAACCGGUGCGUCAACCCAAGCGCUCGGCGGUCGGCCUCGGGAACUACAAUUCCCAGGAAGCCACGCGGCAGCGGCUGCGGCGUCGGCGCCGACUGCGCGGACGUCGGCGGUGGCGGUGGGAGCGUCAGGGGCGGGUCCUGCGCGCCGAUUGGUCGGGAGCG